CAAUAAAUGUUAAAACUAACUCUUUGUGUAUUGUUGGUGCUUGGUGCAACAGCCAUCAACGUCUAAUCCUCCAUCUGGACUAGUCGUGACUAAAAGGCUCUUGCUUAGAUUCACUCAUCUGGUUGGGGCAAGUUCAUUUUGAAUUAUGCCGAACUCCACCAUGUCAACCGGAGGUAUUCUCUCUGAACUCAACAGCGAAAUUGAAAAACUCGUUGGUGAAUUAGAAGAGGAAUUAGCUGGAGUCCAUCACGAAUAUAACAGAAGAACUGACGUUCAUAACAGAGAAGUAGCAAGACUUGAAUAAGAAAUCUAAGACAAGGAAAGAGAACUCUUCCAACGCUCACGAUUUCUAUGA